AUGCCUAAGCAGAAUGACCUGGCUGUUGGGAUUGACCUUGGAACCACCUUCUCCUGCGUGGCCGUCUGCCAACACGACAAAGUAGAGAUCAUCGCCAAUGACCAAGGGAAGCGGACCACACCCAGCUACGUGGCCUUCACCAACACAGAACACCUGAUUGGAGACCCCGCCAAGAGCCAGGCCUCUCUCAACCCCCAGAACACGGUGUUCGAUGCCAAGCGGCUGAUUGGCCGCAAGUAUGAGGAUGCCGCUGUACAGGAGGACAUGAAACACUGGCCAUUCACUGUGGUGAGCCGUGAGGAGAAGCUAAAGGUCCAAGUCUCCCACAAAGGUAAACAGCGGACCUUCUACCCUGAGGAGAUCUCUGCCAUGGUCCUGGCCAAGAUGAAGCAAACAGCUGAGGCCUACCUGGGCUCCUCCGUCUCCCAAGCCAUCGUCACGGUGCCCGCCUACUUCAGUGAUGCCCAGCGGCAGGCCACCAUUGAUGCUGGAGUCAUUGCGGGCCUCCAGAUCCUAAAACUCCUGAAUGAGCCCACAGCAGCUGCCAUUGCCUACGGCCUGGAUGCCAGGAAUCAAGAGGCUGGCAGCCGAAACAUCCUCAUUUUUGACCUGGGUGGGGGCACCUUUGAUGUUUCUAUCCUUUCCAUGGAGGACGGCAUCUUUGAAGUCAAGGCCACCGCAGGGGACACCCACUUGGGCGGGGAGGACUUUGACAAGAGGCUGGUGACCCACCUUGCAGAGGAGUUCAAGAAAAAGCACAGGAGAGACCUCCACCAGGACAAGAAGUCUCUGCAAAGGUUGAAGACGGCUGCCGAGCGGGCCAAAUGCACCUUGAGUUCCUGCACUAGUGCCAGUAUCUCUGUGGACUCCCUCUUCCAAGGGAUUGACUUCCACACCACCCUCACCCGGGCACGGUUCGAGGACCUGUGCUCCGACCUAUUCCGAGCCACCCUGAAGCCCCUUGAAAGGGCCUUGAGAGAUGCCAAGAUGAGCAAAGGGGACAUCAAGGACAUUAUUUUGGUUGGGGGCUCCACCCGCAUCCCCAAGAUCCAGAAGUUGCUGAAGGACUUCUUCAAUGGCAAGGAGUUGAACAAAGGCAUUAACCCUGAUGAAGCUGUGGCCUACGGGGCAGCCAUCCAGGCUGCCAUCUUGACGGGCAACCGGACGCCCAAGACACAGAAUAUGUUUCUUCUGGACGUCACCCCUUUGUCUCUGGGGAUCAAUACUCAAGGAGGUGUCAUGGCAACCAUCAUAAAACGCAACUCACCUGUCCCAACAAAAGAGGUCAUGGAGUUCACCACGACUGAGGAUGACCAAGACACCAUCUUGUUCAUGGUGUACGAGGGAGAGCGGGCCCUGACCAAACACAACCACCUCUUGGGCAUGUUCACCUUGAAAGGCAUCCCCCCAGCUCCCUGUGGGGUCCCGGUCAUUCUGGUCACCUUCUCCAUUGACGAGAACAAUAUUCUGACCGUCUCAGCUAAAGAUGUGGAAACAGGGAACACUGGCCACCUGACCAUCUCGGACACCCGUGGACGCUUGGGCAAGGAGGAAAUAGAGACAAUCGUGCAGACAGCGGAGGAAUUCCGGGCCAACGACCUGAGCCUGCAGGAGAAGAUCGAAGCCAUGAACUCCUUGGAAUCCUGCACCCUGGAGCUCAAGAGGGUGGCGGAAGAGCAGCUCCUGGAUGGGAAGGCCAAGAGGAGGAUGUUGGAAAUGUGUGACGGUGCUGCCUCUUGGCUGGAGGAGAACCCCUUGGCGGAGAAAGAGGAGUGCGAGAAGCAGCAGAAGGACCUGGAGGAAGCCUGGGACUCGGUCUACACCCGUGAGCUGGCAGAAGAGCGGGCGGAAGGAGAGGCUGAGGCCGCCGAGCCGAAGGAAGACAUGGAAUGA